AUGCUUUACCUUCCCACCAUGACUCCAAUUGUAUGUUGGAACGAGACUUGGACAAACGCAUAUUUUGUUGCCACCGUACUUCGCUAUACUUUCACAUUGAAUAUGACAUGGUUGAUGAACUCAGCGGCUCAUCUCUAUAGCAACAAACUUUACGACAAAUACAUCAAUCCAACAAAAAACAUAGGCGUUACCAAAAUAGCCUUAGGAGAAGGCUGGCACAAUUGUUACCACUUCCCAUGGGGUAAUAAAGCAUUCGAGUAUGACUAAAGGCUUAAUCCCACAACCGAUAUUGAUUUCUUCGCAAUAAUCGGCUGGGCGUACGACAUGAAAACUAUAUCCAAGGAAGAGAUGAAGAAGAAGGUGAAGAUGAUGGGCGACGGCAGUCAUGAACUGUGGGGCUGGUGCGAUAAAGAUUAG